AUGAUUAAUUUAAAUGAAGAAGAAAAAUAGCAAUAAAGCAAACUCAUCAAUAUAUUUUUUCAACAUGCCAAAUAAGGACUAAUUAUUUUACUCAUGAAUAAUUUAAUAAACGAAGAAUAUUUUUUUUUACAAAUUACUCUCUAUUUAACUAUCAUUAUGCUUACUUUUAAUUUUAUUGCAGCUAUAUUUUUACUUUGUGUAAAAACAGAUUUUCAUAGAUUGGAAUACUUUCUCAUUUAUACUUUGAAUUUAUUUCUAUUUUUCACUUUAUUAGUGUAUUCAUUAAAAUUCUUUAUUGAACUUAAUAAUACAAACUAAUAACUAUCCAUAUAUGUUAAAACUUAUAUAUUGAUUUUACUUCAAAAAGUAUUAAGUUUUGAUAUUAUUUAUUAGGAAAUAGAGAUUCUUACUAUUAAACUAUUUCCAUAUGAAAUUGCUAAUAGAUAAGUAAACUGUUUCACAUCAUUUAUUUUUGUUUUUUUGAUUCUAUUAGAUGAAGAUCCUAUGCUAUGUAAAUAAUAAUUCUCAGUUUUGCUUCUCUUUCAUUUAAUCAAUCACACUUUCCAAUUGAUUUUUAAUACACUUUUUAAUCUUCUAAUUUUAAAUCAAAAAAAAUCUCAAAAUGAAUUAAGAACAUUUUCAAAGUAAAUUUACUCAUAAUAAAUAUUAGUAUAAUUUUAAUUGUUUUCUUUUUGAUUCACAUCACUUUAUUUAUUUUUACUAUUAUAAAAACUAUAGAAAUUAAAGAUUAAGAAUGCCCUUGUUUACAUUUUACAUUUAAAUUUUACUAAUUUUUUGCUCCAAUCAAUUUUAGUGCAUUUUCAUUUGUCAUUUUAUUUGAAUAUUAGUGGUUCAAAGGAACCCUAAAUUAAUAAGAAACAAUAGAUAAAAACAGUUAAAAUCAAAGUUCUUGUAUAAUAAUAAUUUUAUUGUUAAGAUGCCGCUUCCCUUUAGAAAAAUAAUGUAAUUUAAAAAGAUAGAUAAUCUUUUAAGAGUAUGAGUUCAGUGAUUAACAAUCCUAUGGAUAAUAGUGAAUGCAACUCUUAAGCACCAAAUUUUGGAAAGUAUAUUAACAAUUGUUAUUUAUUUAGAGAUGAAAAUAAAUAAUUAUAAAAAUUAGGGACGAGUUAAUUUGGUGCUUCAUAAUAUAAUUAAGGGAUGGAGCACUCUUGGGCAAAUGUCUAUCACUAAAAUCCUUUUAAUUAAUAAGAAAGUAAAGAAAUCAACAACAACUAAAAGAGGGAAAGCAAAUCAGUUGAUGAUAGUUUUAUCAGAUAAGAAGAAUCCUAAUUACCAGAGAAUUUAUCUUAAUUAAAUAACCCAAUGGACUCAGACAGUUAAAUUCUAAAAUGA